UUUGCUGGGCCCUGACAGCAAUUAAGACCGAGAGGAAAUUGUGUUGACUCGUAUGCACACAAAAGCGCCAGAGGGGGACGUGUAUACAACGGUCUCGAUGCUCCGGGGGCCGUUGUGGUAGUAGUACCACCGAUGUCAGCACCAGAUCAAAUAAGUGGUCGGCUCUGUGGGCGGACGUGUACAGAACUGUGCUGGACGAGACCUAGCAUCCUCUGAUGUAUCAAUCUCUGUGUUUUCUGGGUACGAAUUUUGUAGUUCAGCAAAGACACCCCUACCCACCCGUCCUCCUUCCAUCCACCCAGACACUAGACAUCUCGGCCACUUUGCACGAGCGCCUUUGGCAAGACUUGAUGAUGAGCCGGAAGUGGAGAUUCACUCUGUAACCACACUCUGUUCAGCAACCCCAUAUCCGCUUACACUGGUCGACAUCGGGGAGCAUGGUGUGAAGAUGCUUUCCGAUUUUCAAGAUGAUGAUCUUUCGCGAAAAGAACAGCUUUUGUGUAAAACUGGAAACGAGAAGAAACAGACCUUCGCUCUCUCAGCCAACCAACCAACGUGUUGUCUUCUCUUGGGAAAUAAAUCGGAAGUUUUGGUCAAGCAAGUCAAUGCUGGGGAAACAUCUGCCAGGGAGGCUACAGAAGCGUUGCUCAGCAGCAAACCGUCUCCAUGGAGACCAGAAGAGGGAAUCACCGAUGAAAACAAAGCAAACAAUGCUCUUGGCGAAAGGGGUGUUAGUGUCCCUGGUUCUGAAAGUGCUGGCGGAACAAACGGUGGCGAGCCGGUGGAAUCAGAGCUGUUGUUUGUGGAUGAGGAAUAUUUGUUCGACAAUUGGAGAGUGCGCGAAACAAUGAAAACCAAUAUGAACAGCCCAGAAAUCCUGCAGAAGUCUGUGGAAACGGAACAGUUUACCCUCGAGAAGCCGCCCAAAACUGAGCAUGUUCAGGUCAAACAAAAAUUGGAAUAUCCAGAACUUGUGGGCAGUACUUCUAAUAAUUGCAACAAGAAUUUGUCACAGAGGGUAAAAAUUAAUUCCACCACCGAUUCCGCUGCUUCUGUAAGUGCAAACACCUGCAAUGAAUUAGAAGACAAAGGACCUGAUUACACUGAUCCCGUCCUUCAGAGAAUGACAUCAGCCAAAGAAGCGCAGAAAUCAUCUGACGGGGCUAGUGGACAUACGAACAGCGAUGAACAGUGUCAAAGUCGUGUUUGUGAAGACCUUCAGAAACCUGAAUACAGAAAGACACAAUGGGAAGAAGGGUUGAAGGUCAAGGAUGCGACACAUGCCGUUCCCUGCUUUGUUGUUCGUCGCCAUCGCAACAGAAGACCGUGGCGAUGGCGGCUGACUCGUAAACGGCUGAUGUCCUUCAUCUUCAAGUACUGUCUGUUUGUCAUCAACUUCUUUUUCUGGGUAACCAGUGUAGUUGCCAUUGUGAUAGGUGCGUGGGUGCUGAAGGAGCGAGGCCAGCUGGUGCGAGACUCAGCCUCGUUCUACCUCGAUCCCAGCGCCAUGUUGUGUUCUGUCGGCGCCGUCGCCUUUCUUGUUGCCUUCGUCGGCUGCUUGGGGGCACUACGGGAGAACAUCUGUUUGCUGAAGACAUUUCAGGUGAGCAUGAUCGUUGUGUUGCUGUUCGAAGCGACCAUCGGGGCCGUGGUUUUCAUCUUUUACGCCAUGCCGCAAGUAAGACAACAUAUCAAGGCUGGAGCAGAGGGAGUAAUAAAGAUGGCCGUCAGGCUCUACCAUGACGACGUCGAACUUCAACUGUGGAUCGACUUGAUACAGAAAGAGCUAAAAUGUUGCGGGGCGAGCAACACAGACGCCGGAUACCUGGACUGGAAAGAGAAUCCGUACUUCAACUGCACGCCGUAUAACCCCAGCGUAGAGCGCUGUGCUGUGCCGCGGUCCUGCUGCAUCAUUGAACGGGGAGACUACAUUAACGAUAUGUGUGGGUUCGACACAACAAAUAAAGAGUGGAAUCAAGUAUUCGAUCGCAUUUACACGCAAGGCUGCAUGAAGGGUCUGGGACUGUGGCUGUCCGCCCACGAAGUCGCCAUUGGAGCCAUCUCCCUCGCAAUCAUAUCGCCCCAGAUCAUUUGCAUCAUCCUUGCCCGACAGCUGAUGAAGCACAUUCGUGAGCAGCGCGCUCGCUGGCACAAACUAAACAAGACAGAACAGUAAUGGAGGUGUUUCGCCCACGUCGGGACAUGUUUAGCCACUAUUUUUUUUACAACUGUCAUACAUGGAAAUGACAGUAGAAAUGAUCAACACUAAUGGAUUUUAUCUAUGCUUAUCAUCCUUAAUCUAUGCUUCCAUUUUUUUCCUCCCCAGAUGUUUUUGAGGACUGGCUAAAUCACAUUACAUGGGAUAAUGUCAUAUUAAAAGCUGUUUACCCUUG